GCUUAAGCGUUUAUAUUUCGAAAAAUAAUCAAGUGAAAAUUAUUGACAAAACUCCUCCAGAUUAUGCUUGUCUCUUCAAAAAAUGUUGGUCCUCAGAUUUAGAUCAGCGUCCAACACUAAUUGAAAUUUUAAAAGAGCUUGAAAAGUUAUCAGCAAAUGCACCUGUUGAGUUCGUUUCAAAUAACAUAAAUAACAUCAAUAUUAAUAAUCAAUUAACAGCGCAACCUAAGAUAAGCUAUUCAGAAUCAUUAGACUCUCUUGAUAAUAAGACUAAGAACCUCAAUUCAGAUGAGUAUCAUGAUGAAAGUCAAGAUAAAUUUAACGACGAUCCAUGUCAAAAAAAUAAUACACCCAAUGAAUCCAGUAAUGAUUUGAAAUUAGAAAGUCAAGAUAAAUUUAACGACGAUCCAUGUCAAAAUAAUACUCCCAAUGAUUUAGCACUAGAAAGUCAUGAUCAAUUUAACGGCGAACCAUGUAAAAAAAAUAAUACUCCCAAUGAGUCCAGUAAUAAUUUAGCAUUGAUAUCGAAAUAUGAUACCAUCAAUAAUACACUUAAAAUCUCCAAUUGGAACAAAGGAUUAACACUCUUCCGACAGAGAAACAAUAUAAACGUAAUCAAUCAUAAGAGAAUCGAAGAACCUAGAUUAGUGAGUGAUCCGCUUUAUGGGGAUAUUCUGAAAGGCUAUCUAAAACAGACAGCGAUGAUGAAAUAUAUUCAUAAAGAUUCUCUGGAAAAUAAAAAGUUCGAAGAACAA